AUCGCCUCAGAGCUGUUGUUUGUAUGAAAAAGCAUGAGGCUGAGAAUCCUCACGAUUUUUGUUUCCCUGACAUGUACAGGUGUUUUUUUAUUCACUGUUCGCUCUGUUAGGCUCUGUCUCAGUGUCUCACUGUCUCAGUGUCUUAAUGUCUCAAUCUGGGGUUGAGCAGUCUCGUCCACUCAGUACUCCAAAACUAAAAAAACAAACCAAAAAAAAGGGCCACACGACUCGAAUGCACUGCUCAUAUUGUGGAUGACCGAGCACAUUCCAUGUUAGUUUCCAUUUCCCAGAAUCAGGAAGUGGGAAUAUCCACAUAAGCCUCCAGGAGGCGGGCGUGUUCCCUCCUCUGUUAUAAAUAUUUAGCCCUGAGGGGGCUAAAUGACGGCAGGGGCAAUUCACUUAUUGCGAAUCAGGAAAAGUUUCAAGAUUACACAAUCUCAGCCUGGAGCUCUUGAAUUGAGUUCAGUGCUCUGGUAUUCUUAUGCUUCAUUCACACAGACAGACUGAUGUCUACAUAAGGAAACAGUACUGCUUAUCUGCGGGCAAAUUCAAGUGGCAGGCUGAGGGUUUUGAUUGGCACUCAGUGCUCAUUUGUGGUUUGUGGUUGUUGGCGACUUGAAUGCAGUUGUUUCAGUCCAAGUGUGAAGUCGAGACACAGCCGUAAACACUUUAAAUGAGCACAGGCUGAAGCUGUUGUGGUUUCCAGUCAACGGGCUGUUUUCAUGUAAUUUAUUUAUUCACGUGUGUUUGUUCCUCUCACCCCAGACUCGUAUGCAGAGCCUACAUCCUGAGCCGGGAGCGCGCUACAGGAACGUGAUGGAUGCCCUGCGGCAGAUCGUGCGAACCGAGGGCGUGUGGCGGCCAAUCCGAGGCGUGAACGUGCUGGCGGUGGGUGCGGGGCCUGCCCACGCGCUCUACUUCGCCUGCUACGAGAAGAUCAAGUUUUCACUCAGCGACGCCAUUCACCCCGGCACUAACAGCCACUUUGCUAACGGAGUGGCGGGCUGCAUGGCCACAGUGCUGCACGACGCCAUCAUGAACCCAGCCGAAGUUGUGAAACAGCGAAUGCAGAUGUUCAACUCACCUUACCGCAGUGUGUUGGACUGUGUGGGCUCAUUGCUGAGGCGCGAGGGCCCGGCGGCUUUCUACCGCAGCUACACCACCCAGCUGACCAUGAACGUGCCCUUCCAGGCGCUCCACUUCAUGACCUACGAGUACCUCCAGGAGCUCCUCAACCCCCACAGACAGUACAACCCUUCCUCUCACGUUGUGUCCGGCGCGCUGGCUGGAGCCGUGGCUGCCGCUGCAACCACUCCCCUCGAUGUCUGCAAGACCCUCCUCAACACACAGGAGGCUCAGGCCAUUCAUGUGAUCCAGGCCGAGGCAGCAACAGCAGCAGGAGCGGUUGGCGCAGCCACCGCCUCAGCCCCGGUCAGCCGCCACAUCUCUGGUCUGGGCGAGGCUUUUCGGACGGUGUACAGGAUGGGAGGCAUGCCGGCUUUCUUCAAGGGCGUCCAAGCCCGGGUCAUCUACCAGAUGCCCUCCACAGCCAUCAGCUGGUCGGUCUACGAGUUCUUCAAAUACAUCAUCACCAAGCGGCAGCACGAGAGGCGGCUGCGUGGAGACCGUGACGGAGACAAAUAAACACCCGGCAGUAGGAAUGGGUAUCAGCAACACAAAGGUUUAUUGCACCGUACCCAUCGCUAGUAUCGCUAUUGAUUUCUUCACAUCAGAAGGUUGGAAAAGCCCCAAAAUUUUAAGUUCUUUGAGUAAAAAGUCAACUUUUUAUCUCGUUUACUGAGAUCGAUUAAGCGCAGUUCAUAGCAGGUGGGAACACAAACAACCGUUGAGAGACAACUGGUCGUUUAUUAGACGAGGGGGUUGACAAAAUGUCUGUCAGUACCCAUCGAUAGGAAGAAGGCCUUGAAAUGGCCGACAGGAAGUCCGGGUUCCAUGAACCUGCCCCACUGAGAAUCUGAUUCUUCUGCCUGCGUUUGCUUUCAAAAAGCAGAAGAUUUAUGAAGGGCAACAGCAAAAGUAAAGUUGAAUUUGUCUGUUUGAACAAAGAAAUGCGUACAUCCUCUUGACCACCCACAGCGCAGCUUCUUCACAUUUAGGCCUUUUUGUUUUGAUCCUGAACUCAAGCACAAUGGAUUAAAAAAAAAAAAAAAAAACGACUGAGGGCAAAGUGCUGACUGAACUUUAGUUUGACGGUGUUUACAUUCACUUCCAAUGAGCUGUGUACAAAUUGUAGCAUUUUCAUACAUACCUCCUGAAAGGAUAAGAAGUCCCACACAGAUGGGAAAACUCUGAUACUCUUAAAGCUGAAAGUCAGCGCUGUGGCCUCGUCGUUAGAGUCCGCUGUGUUUGAGUGCAGAGCCUAAACAAAAACGCAUCCCAGUCCAAACACUUUACAGCUGCAGUGUAAACUGGUCAACACCCUUCGUAAUGACACACGUUGCACUUCUGAGAAGUAUUAUAACCAUAUUACCUUCUGACCACAAGGGGGCGCAAAGCCCAACUGCUAUACAUAACAUACAGCAAAACAAAUAGAUGAUGCAGAAACAGCAAUACCGGAUUAGUCUGAAUUCCUGUGAUGGUGUGCGGUAACACUUUACUCAGAGCAAGAGACACAAAACAUGUUAAAGACAGCUUGUUUGAAAUGGAAGUCCCUCUCUCAUGUGGGUGACACGUAGCCUGUCUCUGAUUUUUAGAGAAUGAGUAUUAAAUGGAGUGGAACAGGUUAAUGGCACGACGGUGUGAGAUGAAACUCGGUUUGACAGAACUCAGCAGUGACUCAGCAGUGACCCAGGAGUGACUCAGCAGUGACUCUAAACUAAAGGAAAUCCAUGCACGUCAGGCGUGACUGUGGAGUGAUGCUGGCAGAUUUUACCUUCGAUUUUUUUUUGCUCUAAAACAACACAGUGAUCGUACAGAUAAUUUUACAUAUUGCAUUCUGAAACAUUCAGCUCAACAAACUGGAAACGUUCAUAUUUCUCACAGAAACAUCGUAAACUAAGGAGCAUUUUUCCUCUGCAGACGUAGGGUUUCAGAACAAAGGCAGGAGUAUUCACCGUAGACAAUCACUUUGCUGGUUAGUUGAAUUCUUUUUCGUUGUUUACUGCACAGCAUCCUGGCACUUAAUAGCAACUUCUUUAUCACUGUUAGGACAAAAAAAGUAGCUUUGACACAAGUAUGAAGACUAAAGAAUCUACUUCUACACAUGCCUUCAGUUAGCCGCCAUACGUUCAACGCACAACUACUACGAAGACAUCUUCAGAUACAGCGAUAAUAUUGUGUUACGAAGCCAUAAAACAG